CAAGAUGAGCCUGCUGUCAGCCAUCGACACCAGCGCCGCCUCGGUCUACCAGCCGGCCCAGCUCCUCAAUUGGGUCUACCUGUCCCUGCAAGACACGCACCAGGCGAGCGCCUUCGACGCCUUCCGGCCCGAGCCGGCCGGCGCCUCCCACCCGGAGCUGGGCUACGGCAAGGGCAGCCCGGAGCAGCUGGGCUCGCCCCUCAACUCCAGCUAUCUCAACAGCUUCCUCCAGCUACAACGCGGAGAG